GACCUGCAAGGAGGUGGGCUGGCCGCGAAGGGAGGGCCCUGUCCCCUGUCCCUUUAAGGAGGAGGGACGAGCACCGCUGAGAGAGCCUGCAUUGCCCCGACUCGUCCGCGGCCUCACCACACAGCAGCUGCAGCCACAGCUCCGGUCGCCCCUCGCUUAGCAGAGUCCGCUCCGGCCCCAGGAAGCUAGUCGCCACCAUGGUGAAGAUCGUGACCGUUAAGACCAAGGCGUACCAAGACCAGAAGCCGGGCACGAGCGGGCUGCGGAAGCGGGUGAAGGUGUUUCAGAGCAGCGCCAACUAUGCCGAGAAUUUCAUCCAGAGUAUCAUCUCCACCGUGGAGACGGCGCAGCGGCAGGAGGCCACCCUGGUGGUGGGCGGGGACGGCAGGUUCUACAUGAAGGAGGCCAUCCAGCUCAUCGUCCGCAUCGCCGCCGCCAACGGGAUUGGUCGCUUGGUUAUUGGACAGAAUGGAAUCCUCUCCACCCCUGCUGUAUCCUGCAUCAUUAGAAAGAUCAAAGCCAUUGGUGGGAUCAUUCUGACAGCCAGCCACAACCCAGGAGGACCCAAUGGAGAUUUUGGAAUCAAAUUCAACAUUUCCAAUGGAGGUCCUGCCCCGGAAGCAAUAACUGAUAAAAUUUUCCAAAUCAGCAAGACAAUCCAAGACUAUGCAAUUUGUCCUGACCUGCAUGUAGACCUUGGGGUUCUGGGAAAGCAGCAGUUUGACCUGGAAAACAAGUUCAAACCCUUCACAGUGGAAAUUGUGGAUUCGGUGGAAGCUUAUGCUACGAUGCUGAGAAGCAUCUUUGAUUUCAAUGCACUGAAAGAACUGCUUUCUGGUCCAAACCGAUUAAAGAUCCGUAUAGACGCCAUGCAUGGAGUUGUGGGACCGUAUGUGAAGAAGAUCCUCUGUGAAGAACUCGGAGCCCCCGCAAACUCAGCAGUUAACUGUGUUCCCCUGGAGGACUUUGGAGGCCACCACCCUGACCCCAACCUCACCUAUGCAGCUGACCUGGUGGAGACUAUGAAGACAGGAGAGCAUGAUUUUGGGGCUGCCUUUGAUGGAGAUGGGGAUCGAAACAUGAUUCUGGGCAAGCGUGGGUUCUUUGUGAACCCUUCAGACUCCGUGGCUGUCAUUGCUGCUAACAUCUUCAGCAUUCCAUAUUUCCAGCAAACCGGGGUCCGCGGCUUUGCACGCAGCAUGCCCACCAGUGGUGCCCUGGACCGGGUGGCUAAUGCUACAAAGAUCACUUUGUAUGAAACCCCAACUGGCUGGAAGUUUUUUGGGAAUCUGAUGGAUGCAAGCAAACUGUCCCUUUGUGGGGAGGAGAGCUUCGGGACCGGUUCUGACCACAUCCGUGAGAAAGAUGGACUCUGGGCUGUCCUUGCUUGGCUCUCCAUCCUAGCCACCCGCAAACAGAGUGUGGAGGACAUCCUCAAAGAUCACUGGCAAAAGUAUGGCCGGAAUUUCUUCACCAGGUAUGAUUACGAGGAGGUGGAAGCCGAGGGCGCAAACAAAAUGAUGAAGGACUUGGAGGCCCUGAUCUCUGAUCACUCCUUCGUGGGGAAACAGUUCCCAGUGGGAGAUAAAGUUUACACUGUGGUGAAAAUUGAUAACUUUGAAUACAGUGAUCCGGUGGAUGGAAGUGUUUCAAGAAAUCAGGGCUUGCGGCUCAUUUUUGCAGAUGGUUCUCGCAUCAUCUUUCGACUGAGUGGCACCGGGAGUGCAGGCGCCACCAUUCGACUGUACAUCGACAGCUAUGAGAAGGACAUCGCCAAGAUCUACCAGGACCCCCAGGUCAUGUUGGCCCCCCUUAUUUCUAUUGCCCUGAAGUUGUCCCAACUCCAGGAAAGGACGGGACGCACUGCACCCACUGUUAUCACCUAAGAAGACAGGCCAGAUGCGGUACAUCCCUCCACCCCAGGCCCUCCGAGUCAUCUGAUUGAAGAGCAUGAACAGAAACAAAGUGUAUUCACCCAGGCUUUUUAGGAUUCGGUUUUUCCACUAACCAGUCAUUGACAAAUGGUACAAUUCCAAGGCAUUGCCAAUAGACAGGCCCAUAGGAGCCAUGCGGGAAAGAGAAAAAAAAGGACCCAGGGGCUUAUACUACUGUCAGUUCCUUUUCGUGUCCUCGUGCACCACUGGUGUGUGGGUGUUUGUCUCCUUAGCACCAGGUCCUGUUUACAUUACCAUGGAAGAUGGAGGUUGAGCAUCAGCUCAUGAGGCUAAUUUCCAUCCUUAGGAUCCACCCGUGAAAUGACAGUGCAAGUUCCUUUCUCCUUUGUGAGCCUUUCCCCCCCAUUUACUGUUUACAUAUAAUCCAGCAAAAUGCAGUUUCUGGUGCCUUCUCUCCAAUCAGUUCUUUCCUCAGAGUGAGAUGUGCUUGUCUACAGAGUUCUGGCUUGUUCUGCAGCGUAGUCCCAUUCACACAAAUAUUUUGGGAUAUUAAAGCAAAAUAAGCUACCAUUUC